AUGAAUGCAUCAGUUAUCAAUGCAACAACAACUCUUCCUCAAGCACAACGCCAACAACAAAUUACUCAGUCACAAUAUGUCCAACCUAUUUCCUUUCAACAAUUAACGAGAGCUAUGUCAAGUAAUUUACCAUGCUUUUUGAUAGAAUUUGAUCCAUCUGUAGAUCGUAAAGAAAUUUCAUCUGAUAUUACAGCGGCUAAUUUAUUAGAACAAUAUUUCUCAUCUAUGAACUAUGAUAUUACAUUUUCUCUUGUUGGUCAUACUGGGAAUGUUGAAGAAGAAACUAGAGUCUUAUUACGAGUUAUGUUUCGUGAAGUUAAAAUGGCUAUUGCAAAAUAUAAAACAGAAAAAUGGCAAAAUUUUCUCUCCACUAUUCAACAAGCCCAUGAUAGAUCUGAUAAAGCUUUCUGGAAUUAUCUUUCACGUAUAUACAAACCAAAGACUCUUCCUUUUUCCAAACUGGCAGUAAAUGGAAAAUCAAUAUCAUAUGAACAAGAAAUAAGCGAAGAACUUUUUAAUUAUUAUAAUGAUCAAUUCAAAGAACCUCAGUUAGACAGUAGCGAUGCACAUGAUGUUCAAAUAGAGAGAGAAUACAAUGAAUUAAAGAAAAUUCUUGAUGCAUCAAAUGAAACUGUGCGUAUGACAAACACUUUAGAAAUUACAAAGUAUAUCAAAAAAUUGAAAGGAAAAGAGUCCUCUGGCUAUGAUGAUGUAUCGAAUUAUAUGUUGAAAUUUCUUCCACCAGCAUAUGUCUCCUGUCUUACAAAAUGUUUCAGUGUGUGGUUAUCUGAAUGUCGUUAUCCUGAACCAUGGAAAAUAGCCAGAAUUGUAACUUUAAAUAAACUAAAAGCUGGAGUACCUCGAUGUGAUCAAACACGUCCAAUCUCAUUACUUUCUACACAUUCAAAACUGUCUGAGAAAGUUCUUCUAGAAAGAGUUCGACUAUGGGCAGAGUCACAACAAUUAAUACCACCAGAACAAUCUGACUUCUGUCCUGGACGUCUAUUACCAACUCGAGUUCUAUCCAUCUACCAAGAAGUGAAGAAUAAUUUUGCUGGUAAUAUUCCAACUCUUGCUAUAUAUUUUGAUUAUCAAAAAGCCUAUGAUAAAGUGUGGCAUAUUGGAUUUUUAGUUAAAUUAUACCGGCUUGGAAUGCCUUUUGGACUAUUAAAGAUUAUUGCCUCAUGGUUGCUACCACAAGGAAGUUUUUUAAGUCCUUAUCUAUUUAUUGUCUAUCACACUGAUUUAGUAUCGUGUCUUGGAGCUCAUUCUAGUCAUAGUUUUGCUGAUGAUUUAAAUGUUCUUAUACGAUCUCCUAUAUAUAAAGACAUUAAAGUCAUGAUAUCUUAUCUUGAAGAAGAAGGUACAAGAGAUAUUAUGAAAGGUUCAUUUUUUUCUAGAAUAAUUUCAUUUUACAAAUUGAAAAUGAAACCAUUAUCAACAUCCUUUGCAAUUAGAAGACUUUUUACUAUCGAUAAUAUUCGUCAUAUUAUUCAUCCUUUUCUAACAGAAUAUGAAACUCCAAAAGUCGUUAUUAUUCAUAGUUUAACAUUUGCUGCUAUGUUACGUGUAAUGCAAACGUUACUAUUACUUUAUGGUGUAUUCUAUUUACUUAUAUAUAAACAAGGAUAUCAAAAACAUGAUUCAUCAAUUAUUAGUUCAAUAACAUUAAAAGUAAAAGGAAUUGGUUAUGUUACAACAUCAUUAAAUCAAACAUCGGUUAUUGAUGGUGCUGAUUAUAUUGUACCACCAUCAGAAAAUAAUGCCAUAUUUAUUAUGACAAAUUUUGUUCGAACAGAUCAAAAACGAACAAAAUGUGGAGAAUCAAAAUAUACAAAAGAAUCUGUGUGUACAAAUGAUCAAAUAUGUACAAAAUUAUCAGAUGAGUUUUUACCAAAUGCAAAUGGACGUUGGACAGGAAAAUGUCUAAUGGAAAAUGAAUAUUUAAAUCAGACAAUGACGACAAAUCAGGUAUUAACAAAUCAAACUGGACGAUGUGAAAUUGAAGGUAAUUAA